AUGUUCAAAUACAGUGCCAUUCGUGUGUAUAGUACGGCCGCUAAAAGCGCAAGCAAAAAGUUAUCUAAAGCAGCUACGAUUAAAAAACUAAACUUUGAAAAUAAAGCAUUGUUUGGUGCAGUGAAAAAGUCGACAAAAAAGAAACUCUUACCUGUCGAAACUCCCACAACACAACUUCCCAACGAAUCUGAGUUUGCCUCUGAAAUAUACUGGCAAGGACGCAGUGCUUCAUGGGCAACCACAAUGAAUCCUUUAAGCGAAAAACAAAUUGAUAAGGAAGUUGAUUCACCCCCAGGUUUACUUAUACCGUUCUCAACGAAAGAACUGAAAACCAUCACACAGUUUCCCCUCGUACCAACCAAAAACGGAAUAUUGGAGCAAAGCUGGAUGCUUCAUAAACAACACGAGAAUGCUCAAUGCAAAUCACCUUCAGUUAGUCGAGUGCUUUCCGCCACAAUGUCGGAGUCAUCACGCGAAGCUUUACUACGUUGGAAAUCAGCAAAAAUCGCAGAGCUAGGCGAAGAAGGUUUUCAGCAAUUACAGAGAGACAUAUUUGUCCGCGGCAGUACAUUACACACAACGCUCGAAACAUGGCUAACGGGAAGCGAACCAAGUCAAGAAAUGAUUCAAAAAUCGGGUGCGCUAUGGGAAAGUGUCCUGGGAGCAUUGGAUCAAGUUGAAAGACCUGCAAAGAUGAUCGAGCAGAAGCUUUAUCAUCCUUUCUUACACUACAACGGCGUGGUUGAUUGUGUCAUCAAUAUCAAAGGGCAGUAUCAUGUGACCGAGUGGAAAACUUCGGAUAAUCCAAAGAAAACUAUAGCUGCUACGUAUGAUGCACCAAUUCAGUUAUGCGCGUAUUUGGGUGCACUCCAAGCAAACGAGGAGUUGCGAGAUGGUACGCUACAAAACGGCGCGAUUUUUGUUGCCUACACAAACGGAAAACCAGCGAAUGUACACAUACUUAAUAGUAAUGAAAUACGCAAAUAUUGGCAAAUUUGGUUAAAUCGCUUGCAAGAGUAUUGGACUCGUUAUCGAGACGGUACUCUUCCUGAUCCAAUUUGA